CUUCUCCGUAUAGCCAAAACAGACGACAAAAUUCCUCUAUCGACAUUGUAGGAGCGAGCACACAGAGCUUCACAUGGCAGCCUCCAUUUCAACAUCACCUUAUCCUCUCCUCACCUCAGAGCGCUCCAAUCGCUUCGCCGUGAAUGAUUCAUCUUCAUCUAGAUUGUUUUUCUCCUCGUCUCUACAGCUACCGGUUCAGCUUCGAUGUGUUCGACUUGGAAACUGUGGGAUUUCUGCUCCGUCGCGGUCUCGAAUCUUCCCUGUGGUCAAAGCCAAGAACCAAACAUUUUCUUCCUUUGAUGAUUUAUUGGCCAACUCUGACAAGCCCGUGUUAGUGGACUUCUACGCAACCUGGUGUGGUCCUUGUCAGUUUAUGGUUCCAAUUCUUGAAAAAGUUAGUGAUGCGCUGAGUGACACAGUCCAGGUGGUCAAGAUUGACACUGAGAAAUAUCCUGUCAUUGCUGAUAAAUACAAAAUAGAGGCAUUACCUACGUUUAUCCUUUUCAAAGAUGGAAAACCCCUUGACCGAUUCGAAGGAGCUGUAGCUGCGGGUGAACUCAUUCAACGCAUUGAAAAUUCCCUGAAGAUUAAGCAAUAACAGUGGGGAGGAGAUAUCACUGAGAAAAUAUGGAAAUGGAAAUCAAUGUCUUCGACAGGAAUUCUGGGUAUGGUAGAUGACAAAUUUCAAUACAAUUAACACCCCUCCCCCUACAUCUACAUCAUUAUAUAACUGAAAUAUUUGAAGCAUGUAACCAUAGACGUUGGUAUCAAUCACAGUUUUUGUUUAUUUUAUUUUUA